CUGCCGGGAGCGGGAGGACGGGCGAAACUUUCCUCCCCGGCGGCGGCGGCGAGGCACCAGCAGCCGGCGAGGCGAGCGCCGCCAGCAUGGGCCCCGACACGCUGCCGCUCGGCACCUACGGCGGGGCGGCCGCCGCCGCCGCGCUGCUGCUCUGGGCCGUGUGCGUGCUCUGCAGGAGGAGAAGAAAGACUGGAGAGCCUCCACUAAUAAAUGGCUGGAUUCCUUACCUCGGGAAAGCUCUGAUUUUUAGAAAAGAUGCUUACAAAUUCUUACUGGAUCAGCAAAAGAAAUUUGGAGAUAUUUUCACUGUACAUAUUGCUGGUAGAUAUAUUACCUUUAUCAUGGACCCAUUUCAAUAUGUCUAUGUCAUCCGAAAUAGUAAGCAACUUGAAUUUCAUGAAUUCGCUAAUAAAAUGGCAUCCAAAACUUUUGACUACCCAGCCUUGUCAAAAGGAAAAUUCCCUGAACUCAAGGAAAACCUGCACAGAAUCUACCAGUAUCUACAAGGCAAGCCUUUGGAUAUCAUUUCUGACCACAUGAUGAAAAAUCUCCAGGAUAUAUUUGAAUGGAAAUGCUCACAAGCAACAGAUUGGGAAACAGAAAAAAUGUACAAAUUCUGCUGCUCUGUAAUGUUUGAAGCCAGUUUUGUAACACUAUAUGGAAGAGUUCCUGCUGCAGAUGGCCACAAAGUUAUUAGUGAAAUCAGAGACAAAUUUAUCAAGUUUGAUGCCAGCUUUCCCUAUUUAGCUGCAAACAUACCAAUUGAGUUGCUAGGAGCUACCAAGAAGGUUCGGAAGGAGCUUAUACAUCAUUUUUUACUUCAGAACAUGACAAAAUGGCUGGGAGGGUCAAAAGUGGUCCAAGCCAGACAAGAUAUAUUUGAGAAAUAUGAGCUGCUUGGAGAUUAUGACAAAGCAGCACAUCAUUUUGCCUUCCUGUGGGCCUCUGUGGGAAACACGAUUCCAGCUACAUUCUGGGCCAUGUAUUAUCUUCUGCGGCACCCAGAAGCUCUUGCAGCGGUGCGUGACGAGAUUGACCAUUUGCUGCAGUCAACAGGUCAAAAGAGAGGGCCCACAUAUAACAUCCACCUCACCAGAGAACAAUUGGACAACCUGGUCUACCUAGAGAGUGCCUUAAACGAGAGUUUAAGAAUGUGCUCGUCCUCCAUGAACAUCCGCAUCAGCCAAGAGGAUUUUGUUCUCAAGCUAGAAGGGAAUCAAGAAGUCGUUUUGAGGAAAGGAGACUGGAUAGCCCUUUACCCGCAGAUUUUGCACAUGGACCCUGAGGUCUAUGAAGAUCCUAAGGAGUAUAAGUUCGAUCGAUACAUAGAGAAUGGCAAGAAGAAAACCACAUUCUACAAGGCAGGAAGAAAACUGAAGUAUUUCCUAAUGCCCUUUGGCUCUGGGAUCAGCAUGUGUCCAGGGAGGUUCCUCGCAAUGAAUGAGAUGAAGAUGUUUCUUUUCAUACUAUUGUCUCAUUUUGAUGUAGAACUAGCAGAAAACAAAGCUGUCAGACUUGAUAACAGUCGCAUGGGCCUUGGUAUCCUUCUGCCAGACGUUGAUAUUGCCUUUCGUUACAAGCUAAGGUCCUUAAGAAAUUGAGCAGCUGCCUAUAUGCCUUCCACUAAUCUCCAUGUUUGCUCUAUUUCAUCACUCAGCUUUAUAUUUUUGGAAAUGUUUGCUUUUCCCUCUCUGCUUUUACCUCCUUCCUCUUUGUUUCUAAGGAGAAAAGCUGUUGGGCUGGAGGUAGAGACAAGAUGCAGGGAUGUGCAACCUCAAUUUGUCCUGCUUGAGUUGUGAGAAGUGAGAUGACGUGACAAGAGUCUGGCCAAGUAAAUAGCCCAGCAUCUCUGCAAGGUGCAUCCCCAUACUCUUGGUUGAGAGAUGAGCAGGAUUUACAGGGAGGAUGAAUCCAGGCCACUUACAUAAAUAUCAGCAUCUCCUCAUAGAAGCAUAAUAACAAGGAAGGGGGGGCUUCUUGUAAUUAUCCUAACUUUAUAUUUACUUUAUUUUUUUCAUGGUCAUGAGAGUCUUAGCCCUUUAUUUGGGAGAUGUGAUGGAAGUUGUGCGGGGUGGUGGAGGAUGAUUUGCAAGAAUGUCUUACUGACGACACAUUUCUAACUUCAGGUUUAUUUACUAAGGGUGAAUGCUUUGCUUUCUUGCUUCUUUUCUUUUUUUUUUUUUUUUUUUUUUUUUUUUUUUUUAAAAUUUUUUUUUUUUUUUUUU